GCUAGUCGUAUUUGGAUGCCUCCGCCACAUUCACUUCCCAGCUGCCCACCCGGAUUGGAAUACUUAAGCCAGAUUGAUCGGUUAUUAAUUCAUCAGCAACUUGAGAUCCUGGAAAUUAUCACUAACAUUGAAACUUACAACAAAUACGAAAUAAAAAACUCUCUGGGGGAAACAGUGUACUUUGCAUUCGAGGAAAACGACUGCUGCACGCUGACCUGCUGUGGAGCAUCACGGCCAUUUGUAAUUAAAAUCGUUGACAAUUCAGGCCAGGAAAUCAUAGAGUUUUUACGUCCUUACCGGUGUUCCAGUUGCUUCUGCCCCUGCUGCUUGCAAGAGCUUUUUGUCUAUGCGCCCCCAGGCUUCCCCAUUGGGUACGUUAAACAGAUAUGGGAUCCUUGCCUGCCUAGAUUCGCCAUCCAAAACACAGCCGAAAGGGACAUGCUCAGGAUUGUUGGGCCCUGUUCCGUGUGCAGCUGUGGCGGAGAUGUGAAUUUUGAGGUGAUGUCAGUGGAUGAGCUACACACGAUUGGAAGAGUUUCUAAGUACUGGUCCGGCUUUGUGAGGGAGGUCUUCACAGAUGCCGACGACAUUGGGAUCCAUUUCCCACUGGACCUUGACGUUAACAUGAAGGCUGUCAUGAUCGGAGCUUGCUUCCUCAUAGAUUACAUGUUUUUUGAACACACGGGGUUGACUGACUGCUGUCGAUGUGGGUGCUGGUAA